GCGUUGCUCGGCUCGCCGCGCCGGACGGCCAGCGCGACGCGACGUAGUAGCGACACGUCCGUCGAUCGCCGCGAUCGAUUCGCGCAACGACGGCACUCGCAGGCGUCCGCACCCGAGACCCACCUCGUCCGCGCGAGCAGAGGUACAGAUGUACAAACACAACAAAACGCCUCCCUCCCGGAAUAUUACAGGUCGCAGAAUGUUAUCCCUGGUACUGACGACGUGCAUCUUGGCGGUGGCUCACGCCGGAUGCCCCAUGAGGCCGACGGUGGAGCAGACCUCCGCCCCGAGGACACCGGGCGACGGUGGCUACAGGAUCCUCAUCAGCGGACAGACCAACGGAUACAUCCCCAACGCGGUCUACACCGUCAGUCUGCAAGGCUCGCGGACGCACGAGCGGCUGCAGCAGUUCACGCGUUUCACGCUGACGGUGCACUCGCAACACGCGCCGAACAAUCUAGCGGCGCGCAUCGGUUACUUCCAGCUGUUCCCGGACACCUUGACUGCCUUCAACGAGGACUGCAUCAACACCAUCUCCGAGGCCACCGAUUUCCCCAAGUCGGAGAUCCAAGUGAUGUGGCGGGCGCCGCCGAGCGGCGCCGGGUGCGUCAUCUUCACCGCCAUGAUCCUGGAAAAUAACAUACGCUGGUACGCCGAGGACGGCGCGCUCUCCAAGAGCGUCUGCGAGUCCACGAGCGGCGAAGUCGAGAGCCUGAACGACACCAGAUGCUGCGCUUGCGACGAGGCCAAGUACUCGCUAACUAUGGAGGGCAUCUGGUCGAAUAGAACUCAUCCGAAAGACUUCCCCUUUUCCGCCUGGCUGACCCACUUCAGCGACGUUAUCGGCGCAUCUCACCAGCCGAAUUUCUCCUUUUGGGGCAGAGAUCACAUCGCCACGGACGGUUUUCGGCAAUUGGCCGAGUGGGGCUCCGCGACGGGCGUCGAAGCGGAGCUCAGGGCGAAAGCCAGCCAGCUCAAGACCCUCAUCAAAGCUACCGGUCUUUGGUACCCCAACGUCAAUACCAACACGACCACGAGUUUCAGGGUAGAUCGCAGACACCCCCUGCUCUCGGUGGCUUCCAUGCUGGGCCCGUCCCCCGACUGGGUGGUGGGGGUGAGCAAACUGAACCUCUGCCAGAAGGACUGCAGCUGGGCGAGGGGGAUGCUAAUCGACCUGUACCCGUGGGACGCCGGCACCGACAACGGCAUCACCUACAUGUCGCCGAAUUCCGAGACGAAGCCGCGCGAGAAGAUGAAGCCGAUCACGACCUCCUACCCGGAGGACCCGCGCUCCCCGUUCUACGACCCCAGCGGCCGGCCUAUGCUGCCGCUGGCCAGGUUGUACAUCGACCGGGAGAAGAUCAUCCCGCGCGGGUGCAGCGAGGAACUGCUGCAGCAGCAAGUGGCCGAGCUGGAAGUGGCCGAGAACACGGAGGACACGUCGAGACCGGAAUGCCAGACUACGGAGUACACGGAAUGGUCGCCCUGCUCGGUGAGCUGCGGUAAGGGCCUAAGGAUGCGCACGAGGUCGUACAGAAUGCCCGACAAGGCCGCCAUGUUCAACUGCAACAGGCAGCUGACCUCCAAGGAGAUGUGCGUCGCGUCCGUGGCGGAGUGCCCGGGUGAGGAGGGGAACGAGGACGCAACGUCGUUAGUGAACAAUGACCCUCUCUGCGAGACCACGGAAUGGGGCGAAUGGUCCGAGUGUUCGAGCACGUGCGGCGUCGGCCUGAAGAUGCGGACGAGGAGGUUCCGCGACCGUCGAGGUCGCAAGCGCUGCCCGUUCGUGUCGAUCGUCGAGAAGGAGAAAUGCAUGGAGCCACCUUGCCAGCCGGGAACGGAGGAGCAGGUUGAUCCGCUCUGCAAGGUGACGGACUGGUCCGACUGGUCGCCGUGCAGUGCCAGCUGCGGCAAAGGCGUGAAAUUGCGCACCAGGCUGCUGAUGGUCGAGCCGUCGCAGCAGACGGAAUGCUCCGCGCGCGUGGAGCUGCUUCAGCAACGACCCUGUCUCAUCCAGUCGGACUGCACCUUCGACAUGGCAACGGCGAAGGUUGUCUGCAUGGAGGAGGCUGACGCCGGGCCCUGCAGAGGCUACUUCCAGAGGUGGGCUUUCAAUUCGCAGAAACUCAUGUGCCUGCCGUUCGGCUACGGCGGCUGCCGCGGCAAUCGCAACAACUUCCUUACGUUGGACGAGUGCGAGAACACCUGUGGCAUAGUGCGAACCGCUCUCACCGGGCAGCCUCUCAACGGGACCGCGAUCCAGAGUCAGCUACCUGCUACCGGCCGGUUUAAUCCUCCUCCGGUGCACUGCGUGGUGACGCGUUGGUCAAGCUGGUCGCCGUGCAGCGUCUCUUGCGGCGUCGGUCGCGUCACGAGCUACCGUACUAUCGAGCGGGAAGCCGAGAACGGAGGCCGCGCCUGCCCGAAGAAGCUGGUCCGUCGUUACCGGUGCGAGCUCGCGCCUUGCGAAAAUUAAACAGAGGCGACGCGAGCGCGAGUUGUCGCAGUUGGAAUAUAUAGCAAUGAAUAAACGAAUGAAAUCUCGCUCUCUGAUGAUACGCGCGUGGAUUAUCGCCAACUGUUUGCAACUGUUGAUCGCGCGCUCGACCCUUCUUAUCGUCGUCUCGUGGAUUUUUCCUUCACGAGAUUGUUCCUUCACGCCGAGAGCCGUGAGAGCGCGCGAGCACGGAGGAACGAUGCAAAACCUGGAGCAGCGAAAUCAACCGAAGAAAUCUCUUCGGAUCUCGUCGGGUGUUGAGGCAAGGACACAGCUAUUGCUGAGCGAAGACGACCUAAGUCACUAAAUUGAUGAUCCACGUGGAACGUUGCAGGAUAAAUAUUAAUCGAUGCUUUUAUUCACUAUCGGUGUGUACACAUUACUGCCGGUCGUUCACUGCCGAUAUUGCUUUGCUCUUGUUUCUCUUUAUGUUUCCUCCUCCAUUUACGUAAUCAAUCGAGCGACAAACAUCGCGCUCUGUCGUCGGUAGAAAAUAAGCUGGGUACGGAAUAAGCGGAUGUAUCAGAAUAAAUGAUAUUUUAUUAAUGGUCA